ACCGGGCUUCGGUUAUUUCCCUUUAUAAAGUUAAUGGAGUCGUUUCGUUUUCUAUGAGUUCAUUUAUUAAAGUGCAAAUCGUUAUACAAAAAUGUUAAAAUAUGAUUAAUACAUUUUAAACAAGAAAGGAUUCUGAACAAUGUGCUAAUGUAUGUAUUUAAUUUUCUUAUGGAUAUCCAGAUCUGGUUUUGGAACGCCCAACGCUAAUGUUGAACUAUGAGAAGUGUGAGAACUAUUUUCUCUAUUGGGCUGUUUUGCGUGGCUGUUGUUAUAUAUUUGCAGUUUAAGUAUACGUCGCUUUCUAUUAGGAUUUAUCGAGAGGAAAAUGAGGAGGCGAUCAGAGCACAAUUUAGAAAUAUGAGAAUGAAUUCAGAUAAAAUUAAUGAACGGGUUCCAAAGAAGUCAGAGGAUUUUGAGACAAAUAAAUUGGUUUAUCAGAGUCCAGCGCCUAGGCUCAUUCCAAUUCAAGUAGAUGAUCUCCGUUUGUUUGUUUAUUCUGCUGUAAUACACAAACGAACUACAACCUCACAGACAUUGGAUGUUCGAAUUCAAGCCUUGAACGGAGAACCUAACCAGCCAACAUUUCAGUGUUGCUUUCAUUUAGCUGAUAAAACUAUAUCAAAUGUUAAUGCUUCUAUUGUAUUUGGUUUUCCAUAUGGAGUAUUCAAAAGUUCCAUUUACAAAUGUCUUCUGCCAUAUCCCGGAAAGGAAAUCUUAUCUGUCAGUAUCCAAAAGACCUGUGAAAAUACCACCGCUAUGGGACUACAGCUAUAUAAACCUGAACGACCGGAAGGUCUACUUUCAGUUUGUGUUCAUGCAGUAUAUGGAUAUAUAGACCCAAUGAUAGUUAUACAAUGGAUGGAGAUACUGUGGCUUCAAGGCAUACGUAGUGUAUAUAUUUAUCCUUUAAUGUCAAUUAACAACAUAGACAGACGAACUUUAGAAGUUUUUAAAUUUUACGAAAAACGUGGUUUGGUCCGACUCAUUCCAUAUGAGUUGGCCGUGUUCGAACCAGAAAUGAUGUAUGAGAGGUUUAAAUCUAGAGAUGGUCAGAUGUAUUCCGAUGAAAUUUUACCCAUUUAUGACUGUAUGAUGAGGUCAUCAGAUUACACAUUCACAGCUGUACUGGACUUUGAUGAAAUUAUAGUUCCCAAAAAGGGACCACUGGAUUUAAUACCAAUGCUGAAUCAUGAGUAUCAACAUGAUGAGCACGCAGCUGCCUUUGUUUUCAGGAUAGAAAAUUUUAUAUUAAAUUGGACUAAAAGUAAUGAAACGAACCUUCACUUUAUGCAGUAUGUAAAGAGAACACUGGCGCUACAAGAUCAAUCUAAGAUAGUCUACGUCCAGGGAAGAUAUAAAACUGUUAAUAUGCACACAACAGAAGCUCUAAGAGGAUUUGGGGUAGUGUUCCUCCCUUCAAAGAAAGCAGCGGUUCAUCACUACACAGCGUGUAGACCUGCAUGGCGUCAGUCAUCAUGCCUAUCUGAAACAAACCGGCACCAAGAUCGGGCCAUGAUGGCCAUCGAAACACUUUUACUUGAACGACUGAAGACGGUACCCGACGAGUUAAGGUUUGGCAAAUAGCAAGCAACAGGAAAUAUUUUGUAUUUUUCUGGCAUAUAUAUCUGAAUAAAUUUAAACGAUCUUGUAUCAUUUAUUUUCAUUUGAUGUAUGGUUGCAAUCUAAUUAAAAUACAGAUCCAUA